CCUCCUGGCCCCCACUCGCUGGCGCCCAAGUGGGAGGACGGCAGCUGCCCGCUCCCUCCUCCCCACGUCCCCGCUACCUGCCCAGUCCCCGAAGCGAAGCGUGAGGAGGCUACGAGCCAGCGGGGCCGAGCCCACAACUUUGCAGCCUCGGGGAGCGUGAGAGCCGGCGUCCGGGGCUCCUCUUGUCCGCGACCCGAGCUCGGAAUGUAAUCGAGGAUGCUGGCCCUGAGGCUGCUCAACGUGGUGGCCCCCGCCUACUUCCUGUGCAUCUCCCUGGUGACCUUCGUGCUGCAGCUCUUCCUCUUCCUGCCCAGCAUGCGCCAGGACCCCUCGGCCGCCUGGCUCUUCUCUCCCGCGCUGCUCCACGGGGCGCUCUUCCUGUUCCUCUCAACCAAUGCCCUGGGCAAUUACGUCCUGGUCAUCCAGAACUCCCCGGACGACCUGGACGCCUGCCAGGGGCCCUCGACCAGGAGGGCCCCGUGCCCCCCGCCCAGCACCCACUUCUGCCGCGUGUGCGCCAGAGUCACCCUGAGGCACGAUCAUCACUGUUUCUUCACCGGCAACUGCAUCGGCGGCAGGAACAUGCGCAACUUCGUCUUGUUCUGCCUCUACACCUCCCUUGCCUGCCUCUACUCCAUGGUGGCCGGGGUGGCCUACAUCUCAGCAGUCCUUUCCAUCUCCUUCGCCCACCCCCUGGCCUUCCUCACGCUCCUUCCCACCUCCAUCAGCCAGUUCUUCUCCGGAGCUGUCCUCGGUUCUGAAAUGUUCGUCAUCCUCAUGCUCUACCUCUGGUUUGCUAUCGGCCUGGCCUGCGCGGGCUUCUGCUGCCAUCAGCUGCUGUUGAUCCUCAGGGGGCAAACCCGCCACCAGGUGCGGAAGGGGGUGGCGGUGAGGGCCCGGCCCUGGCGCAAGAACUUACAGGAGGUCUUCGGGAAGAGGUGGCUGCUGGGCCUGCUGGUCCCCAUGUUCAAUGUUGGAGGUGAGAGCUCCAAGCAGCGUGACAAAUAG